AUGAGCAAAGAGAGCUGGAACAUGGCUGCGACCCUUUGUGAUUCCUGCAAAACGACGUCGGCCGCUUUGUUCUGUAGAGCAGACUCCGCCUUCCUCUGUAUACCAUGCGACGGCAAGGUCCACGCGGCGAACAAGCUCGCGUCUCGCCACGCGCGUGUGUGGAUGUGUGAUGUGUGUGAGCGAGCUCCGGCGAGCUUCACCUGUAAGGCGGACGCUGCCACCCUCUGUGUUACCUGUGACCGCGAUAUCCAUUCAGCAAACCCCCUCGCCCGCCGUCACGAGCGGUUUCCGGUGGUGCCAUUUUAUGAUCCUGCAACUGCCGUGUCGAAGGUAGGUGGUGGAGGUGAUAAUGAUAAUGAUAACAACGACCACCAUUUCCUAUUGGAUUUUGAUGUUAACGUCGCCGGAACUGAAGCUGAAGAAGCGGAAGCUGCUUCGUGGCUUAUCCCAGAUCCAAAUUCAAAAUCGUUGAUGGAUCUGAGGAUGAUAAUAAAUCGGAGUACUUGUUUAACGAGAUCGAUCCAUACCUUGAUAUAG